CCAUAGCGUCUGGUGCCCCUGUCGUUCUCGGGACUGUUCUCUCCUUAUUGCGAACCGAAGUCCCGACUGAAGUACAUGGAAAGCGCGGGGAGAGGCGUAGUCUCCGCCGCAGAGGCGGCUGCGAGGCGCCUUCGUCCCCGCCCGGUGGCCGGCCGCUCCCCGCCCCGCUCUUCCCACCGCUCGGAGGCGGAGGCCGCGCCGAUGAAGCCGGCUCAGGUUCCUGUGGCAUUUGCAGAAAUGCUUAUGGACCCUGUUCAGGUGAAUGGAGGAUGUGACAGAUCUUCAUCCACCCCAGUUAUCACCCUGAUGGUUUUGCCACUCCCAUGUAAAGAAUGAUGGUGUCCUGAGAUUGUUCACCUGGUCUUCUCCCUCCCUUGGGUCUAAAGUCCUUGUGGUUUCACCAAAGCCCAGGGUUUUGAACUGAGGCCUGGAUUCUAUGGAGCGUUUCCCAUUUCUGGCAACUGAUGGGGGGCUUUUGGUUUUUACAGACGUGGCCAUACAUUUCUCCCAGGAGGAAUGGGGGCUCCUUGAUGAGGCUCAGAGAAGCCUGUACCACAGCGUGAUGCUCGAGAACUUUGCACUUUUGUCAUCACUAGGUUGCUGGCAUGGAGCCCAGGAUGAGGAGGCCCCUUCAGAGCAAGAGGUUUCUGUAGGAGGGUCACAGGUCAGGACUCCAAAGCCAGGCCCAUCCAUCCAGAAGUCCCAGCUCUGUGAGACGUGUAGCUUGCUCUUGAAAGACCUUUUGCAUUUGGCUGAGCAUGAUGGAACACACCCUGAGCGAGGCUUGCACACUUGUGGGGGAAAGCAUUUCCAGCACCAAAAGCAUCAAAUUAGAGAGAAACUUUCCAGAAGUGAUGAGGGGAGGCCUUCAUUUGUGAAGAGCUGCAGAGGUCACGUGACAGAGACGACCUUUACAUGCAGGGAAGGUAGGAAGAACUUCCCAGCCAGCUUAGGCCUUCUCCAACCACAGGUUCCUCAUGUUGUAGGAAAGCCACACUGGGACACGGCAGGUGGAGAGGCCUUUCAGAAUGAACAGAAUUAUUAUAAGUGCACCCAGUGUGGGAAAACCUGUAAUCAUAAACAUAUACUUGUCGACCAUGAGAAAAUCCACACUGGAGAAAAGCUUUAUGAGUACAGGGAAUGUGGGAAGGCCUGCCUUAGAAAGGCCCACCUCCAUCAGCACCAGAAGGGCCAUGAUGAAGAUCAGCUUUAUGAGAACCCAGAACGUGGAGGAUUCUUUACACAGAUACCUGGCCUCAGUGACCACCAGGGUAUUCACACCAGGCUGAGGCCUUUUGAGUGCAACCAAUGUGGGAAGGGUUUCCUUCGACUCUCCCAACUUGUUGGGCACCAGAAAAUCCACACAGGAGAAAGACCUUAUGGCUGUAGUGAAUGUGGAAGUUUUUUUAGGAAUCGCUCUACACUCAUUAGACAUCAGAGAGUUCACACUGGCGAAAGGCCGUAUGAGUGCAGUGAAUGUGGAAAAGCUUUCACCCGCAAACAUAAACUUGUUGAGCAUCAGAAAAUCCACAGUGGUGAAAAGCCUUAUGAGUGCAGUGAAUGUGGGAAAGCCUUCAGCCGCAAAGACAAAGUUGUGGAACACCAGAAAAUCCACACUGGAGAGAGGCCUUAUAAGUGCAGUGAAUGUGGAAAAGCUUUCAGUCGCAAACAUAAACUUGCUGAGCACCAGAAAAUCCACACUGGAGUAAGGGCUUAUGAGUGCAGAGAAUGUGGGAAAUUCUUUAUGGACAGCUCCUCACUCAUUAUUCAUCAGAGAGUUCACACUGGAGAAAGGCCUUAUGAGUGUGAUAAAUGUGGGAAAUUCUUUAGGUACCGCUUCACACUCAUUAGACACCAGAGAACUCACGCUGGAGAAAGGCCUGAUGAAUGCAGCAAUGUAGGAAAUCCUUUAGUUGCAACUCCACGCUCAUUAGACGUCGGACAAAUCACAGUAGAGAACAGGCUUAUUACUGCAGCAAAUGUGGGAAGUUUUUGUGAUACACCUCCAGUCUCAUUACACAACAGAGAGUUCACACUGAUGGGAGAGUCCUUAUGAGAACAGCAAGUAUGGGGACAUCUUUACUUAAAACUCUGGCCUCGUUAAACACUGUCAAAUUUGCAACAAUAGAGAAAUGCCUUAUGAGUGCAGUGAAUGUGGGAGAGUCUGUUGAUUUAUGUCAUUUUACACUAAUUUGCAUGUUUUUAGUAUUUAUAUAUAUUUGGAAUCCUACAGUCUACUUUUGCAUGGCUGCUUUUUAUUCUGUUUUUACAUAAAUGGAAUCCUAAAGUAUAUCCUUGCAUAGCUAUUUUGAGAUUUAUCCCUAUUGUGUUCAUUCCUUUUUAUUGCUGAGUGGUAUUCCAUUGGGUGUAUAAAACACAAUGUGUUUAUCUAUUAAUGGACACGUAGGUUGUUUCUAGUGUUGACCUAUUAUAGGAACAACCACUGUUAUAAGUAAAUACCUGAGAAUAGAGUGUUGCUCAUAGAUGAAUGUUUAACUUUUUAAGAAUUGACCAAAUUGAUUUCCAAUGUGAAUGUGCCACUUUAUACUCCUACCAGCUGCAUAUAAGAGUUCCACUUUGGAACACAUCUUUGUCAAUAAUAGGUAUAUUUAUACUCUGUCUUUUUUAAGUUAAAAUAAGUGUGUCAUAGUCUUAUUUUAAUCUGCAUUUCUGUAAUAACUAGUGAUAUUGAGUAUUUUUUAUGUGCUAAGCAAGACUGCAUUAUGUAUUAGAGCUGUAUUAUGUAUAAACGACAAAAAGACUUUUAAGUGUAGACAGUGACUGAGCAAAGAGUAAAGUAAGAAAGUGAAGUUUAAGCUAAGUCACUCAAAUUUAAGUUCAGCUGCAUAUGAAGUGAUUGUCAAAAAACUUGAUGAACCAUCUGCCUUCUACACAAAUGUCCAGCAAGGCAUUGUUCUAGAAUUUUCUCUUUUUACUUGAUUACUUUUUUUUUUAGUGCCUUCAGGGUAUGUUUUUGCGACAUAAAAUUUCUUAGAAAUGUUUUAGGGGCGCCUGGGUGGCUCAGUUGGU